AUGCUUAUAGGAAUUAAAUGGAAUAGUUCGACUACCAAUACUUUAACCUGUAUGGCACUCGCUACUUCUGUUAUAGCCUAUGGAUUGGCUCUGAAUAUUACACCAAGACUCUUUGCUAUUAAUGUAAGAUCAACCAUAUUUGGAAGUUGCCACUCGUCUGGUCAAUUGGGCGUGAUCAUUUGUUAUCUCAUAGUCAUGUUUAAAGUCAUGAAUAGUUUUACACUCAUGAUAGUUGAAACUGUCAUAGUGGUUUGCUUGACAUGUUUAUGCUAUUUUUGUCCUGAUGUGGAUGGAAGAGAACUGCCGGAUGUCUUGGAAGAUAUGGAUUAUUUUUCUGAAUUAUCAAAGCCUCUCCGUUGGGCGACGCAGAAAACAAAUUCACCGUCCCACGAAGAGGUUGAAAUACGUGUUCACUCUUUCGGUAGCGCUGGGCAAAAUUUAUCAAACAAUCGCUCAGACGAGCGUCUGCCAGCGAGGCGAAUUGGACACUUAAGUAAAUGGCCUUUAUUGAGACGAUUAACUAACAAUUUCCUGCGAACGUUUCGUAAAAAGAAUUAA